AUGUCUGUGAGAACUCUCCCGCUGGUUUUCAUUAACCUCGGUGGAGAGAUGCUUUACAUAUUGGACCAACGCCUGCGAGCUCAGAACACGUCUGAGGACAACUCAGAGAAAGGAGUGUGGUCAGAGUAUGACAGGAAACGAGUUAUCAAUGACGUUGUUGGUACCAUGUUUAAUAAAGGCUUUAUGGACGAGCUUCUCAAACCUCAGCAGCUGUAUUCUCACAGGACUUUGAAAACAGUGCUAACUCGAAUAGCACAUGCAUCAAUCAUGAGGCUAAACCCAGCAAGCAUGGAUAGGCUUUAUGAGCUGAUGAUCAUGGCAUUCAAAUAUCAAGUCUUCCUAUGUCCACGGCCAAAAGACUUGCUCCUCAUCUCGUACAAUCAUAUAGAUACCAUCAGAGACUUGGUAAAGGAAACUCCUGUGGCUCUUAAUCAGGUGGAAGAAGCACAUAGGAAAAUCAUUGAGGUUUACUCAUCGUUAUCAGAAGGUGAAUUCCAGCUUCUGCGGCAAACACUGCUCAUUUUUUUGCAAGAUAACCAUGUUCGAGUAUCACUUUUCAUGAAAAAUAAAGUCCAGAAUCCAAAUGGACGUUUUGUCCUGACAACAUCAGGCCCAGUGCCUCAUGGGAUGGAGGUUCCAGGGCUUAUUAGGACGUUUGACAGUAUGGGUAGAGAAGUAAACCAAAGUGAGUUCCCUACAGGAGGAAGUUACAACAGCCCCAUCAGAGAGGGAUCUUUUGAACUACACGGAGACAGAGUCAUCAGACUCGGCCUCAACAUGUACACUGCCAACCAUCCAGAGGAGACACACACAUCCAAAACUGCAUCUGCCAAGACGGAUGACACUCCAAACCUGCUGGCUAAAGAGGAGCUGAACCAGCUGGCUCGUCUGAUGGGCAGCAUGAAGGCCGAGAACCUGCCCAGAUCUGAGCCUUAUUUCAGGAUCAACCUGUUUAUGACAGAUGAAGAGGAGGAAAUGGAGGAAGAAACAACAGGUGGCGCUGAGGAGCCUUUAUUUGGAGUGAUAAAUAUUCAAGCCAUGCAGGAUGAACAGGUUGCGACGGAGCUGGCUCGAAUUGCUGGACAAUUUACAGAAGAAGAAGAAGAGCAGCCAGAAAUUCCCAGCAGCAGCAACAACAAAGGAGACGACCUGCUGGCAAUGAUGGACGACCUCUGA